UUUGAAAUCAUCAGACUGUCGGUAUAGUACACAAAACUUGUCUAACAACUAUGCUUUAGCUAGUACUUGCUUCCUGUAUCAUGUUCUAACUGUUAAUUCUCUGAUUAGGAUUGCUGGACCUCCGUCUCAAGCUGAUGUCUGUGUCUCCUCCAUCAGGAAGUAAAGACCCUGGACUCAGAAGUGCAUCUCUACACAAAACCUCGUCACUCUCAGUUAUGAGUGAGAUAAAAAACUUCACAGUGUCAUGUUUGGACUUAGAAACUUUCCUCUCAGCGAAAGUAAAACUGCGCCAAGAGGGGUUUCUGGAUUCCAACACGAAAACCUGUCUGGAUUUUGCCAUCCAGACUCUGGAGAACUUUCCUGCCUCAAAACGCCGCAACGUCUCUCUCACUCUCGAAGGUGAGAGGCAGCUGGUUCGGUUCACCUCAGGAAGCCCCGUCCUGUUGUAUGCGGUCCGUUUGGGUCAGAAAGGUCCGGAGUUUCAUCAGAAAGUCCCGGUCGGGUCUCGUCUGGUUCCCUCGUGCCUGAGUGAGUCUCACUUCGCCGGGCAUUGCUGCAGAGAUGAGCUGGAGAGCUGUUUGGAUCAAGCGAGGCGCGUGUUGAGUGCAGAAAUUGAGGCCAAUCCGUCGUCUCAGAGCGAGCUGGAGCUGAGGAUCAUAUGUGGUGAGCUUCGGAUGACUUACGCUACCCAGCAGCCUCGACGCAGCCUUUUCGUCCGCCCUCACCGCCGAGUGCACUUUGGUAAGACGCUGAACCUGGAGAAGCUCCUGGAGACCAAAACACACCUGGAGAGAAGCGGUGAGAUGAAGGAAGGCCUGCUGCCUUGUUUCCAGCACCUGCUGAUCAACUAUGGUCAGUUUCAGGAGGAAAACAUCCGCGUCAUCCUCCAGAGCGAUGGAGAGCUGAUGGAGCUCGUCUGCGGCCGCAACGACUACCACAGCACGCAGCACUUCAUCUUUACCGACGGACAGAACGGAGCUCACAGCCACAGGGUUCAGGACAUGGAGCUGUGGGAGUACGAGUGAGAGGACAGGAGGAAACCCGUUAACAUCACUGUGAUGAUAAACACUUUAAAACACUUAUGAUAUGUAAUAUAUGGAGAUGCACAGUGAGAGACAGGUCUCGCUGAGU